CUGAGACGCGGUAACAACAUAGACCGUAAAAAAGUUAUUUCAAAAUAUAAUUUAGUGAAUUUAGUGAUAAAAAAUCGUACAAGUGGCAAAUAAACUAGUGAAUAUGACUAUAUAGUGAAGACAAGGUCCCAAGUUAACGAAUAAUACACAAAAUACUUAAAAAAAAAUUAAGUUUUAACAAACGACAAUCUAAGAACUUUUCCAGUUUUUUCUCGCGAAUCCAGGAAUUUAAAUUAUAUUAGUGUUAAUCUAUGAAAGUUCCGGAGUGCAAAUAAAUGAAAAUCGUGUAAGUUAUUCCUUUUUUGGAAAAACAUAACUUCUUUCCUGAAUGAGUCUGCAAUUUCACCUGUCAUAGAAAAUAAACUGCGAAACAGCGCCAUCUAUUAGGAAAAAGGCAAAUUACGUUCGAUUUACACACAAAAAAAUUAUAUCUAGUUCUACUAGAGGACGCAACAAGUACCAAAACAAAACAAACAGACACUAUGGAGGAAAUUAUGAAAGCCUUACAAAAUAUUCAAAAAGAACUGAACGCACAAAAAAUAGAAAUUCAGAAAAAUGGCGAAAAGGUGACAGAACAAGUAACACUCAACAUAACCAACAAAUUAGAAGAGAAAUUUACCAUAUUGGAAGAAAAACAUCAGACCUUGAAAGAAAAUGUUGAACAACAAGAAAAAAGGAUUCAAUUUAUGGAAAGACAAGCAAGACAAAGAAACAUAAUUUUCUUCGGUAUCGAAGAGAGUGAGACAUCCUAUCAUAAUUUGGAGAAAAAUAUGUUGCAAUUCAUAAGUGAAAAAUUGUCCUUAAAAUUGGAUUGUAGAGAUAUUCAGGAAAUAAGGAGAGUGGGAAAAAAAUGUGAUAAACCGCGACCAAUAAUUUUAACCUUUUCUACCCUUGGUUCAAAGGUCAGCAUUCUCAAGCAAAGAAGAUUAUUAAUAGAUACCCAAUACUACUUGAACGAAGAUUACCCUAAAUACAUAUUAGAAAAAAGGAAAGAACUACAGGAAGAAGCAAAUAGAGAGCGCGAGAAAGGAAAUAAAGUCACGAUAAAAUACGAUAGACUUGUUUUAUUAAAAUCAAACAACAAAAGAACACUGAUGACUUCACCAGAGUCAGAUCCCAAUUCUCAAGCACUAGUUCGUAAAAGUACAACAAGACCCACUAAGAAAAGCAAAAUAAAACAAGCAAACCCAUCUAUACCUAGAUCAAACAGUGUCUCAGAAGGAGCUCUAAAACCUAGUAUUCUAAGCUAUUUUAGUAAGCAAUAACGUCAACACACCACAUAACCAAACCAACGACAAUACAACCAAUAACUUACAUUCAUAGCAACCAACUGCUCCCUCCCUCAACGAUGCAACAUUCAAUUAAUUUCAACGAAGCAACAAAAACCAUCUUCCAAUCCGGCUGGUCACCGUGGAAGAUCAAGACCAUAACCCUCUAAGGAAGAUAUCUCAAACUUCUUCAAUAAUAAGAAAAUGGAACACAAACCCAAGAAAUAUUUCACUCAACUAAAGAGAAGAAAGAUCAGCUUUACAUAGUAACUUACAACGUCAGAACUUAAUAAUAAAACAGCUGUUAUUCUUUAGAGGAGGCCUUCACCUUCACUUUAGGAGGGGUCCAUGCAAACAAACUUCUAUAUAUUUUUUUAAAAACGUUGUCUAGAUUUAUACUUUUGUAAGGAAACGGAAGGGAGAGAGAAGGGAAGCAAAUUAAGUGAAACACGUGUAAUAACAUCAGUACUUUUUUCUUCUUCUCUUUUCUUCUUUAUAUUUUUUUUAAUAUUAUAUUUAAAAUAUGUAUGCAACCUACUAUUUGUAUGGAAUA